UCUCAUUCCUUCAGAUCUUUCUACAAUUUUUAUCCCUAUUUUGUUCGAUUUUGCUUUUUAUUAUCUUCAAUUUUCCCCAAUUUUAUUUUUUUAAUACUUUCGUUUCUCGAUUUUAAUUUUUCUUUUUUGGGGUUACUUUGUAAAUUUGAGCUCAUAAUUGGACGAAUCUAUGGCUUUCAAUUGGUCUCUUUCUUCCCUUAAGAUUUUCUUAGAAUUAAUUUGGUUUGGAUUAUUUCUGUUGUUGAAUUAAUAACUUUUUUUGGUGUAAUUUGAUAUAUUUACAGUCGGGUAUGAAGUUAUGAUUUGCUUCCUUUUCGAUCUGUGCUGAAAUUUGUUCUUAUUGUUAAAAUUGAGUUGAUUGCUGAUUCUUCUGUGAAUAAUAUUGUAUAAAUUACCAUUGUGGUUGAAUUAAUAACUAAGAUGUUGGGGCGAUUAUGGAUGCUUGAUGCUUCAACUUAUUAUUAUCGCAAUAAAAAGUUUAAUUAGUUGUGUCUUCGUAUUACUAAAGAUGAGAAUGUCAUUUAGUUAGUACAUUUAUAAUUAUUCACGCACUCUCUAAAAUCUGACCAUUUACUGCCUUUUGAAAUAAGGAAGCAUUAAGUUUGGAUUUUGUGAUGUCCGGGUACCAUCUACAGAUCUACUCCAUACUAAGGAUGGAGACGGUUGGCUAAUUGGCUAUGUGUGUUAUUGUGCUAGAGUGUGAACAUUUAAUCCUAGCUACUAUUGCCUUAGCCUUUUGGUCUUGAUUUGUGGAUUUGAAAUUUCAAACUAGGGAAAGUUUAACAUCAAGAAAAUUGUGAGAGGUGGCUUAUUAGCUUCGUCCUAUUUACAAACAUUAUUUUUUGACACACUAGAAAAGUAGAGUAAUUUGGUUUGUUAAUUCUUGUUGAAAUUCAUUUGUUAGAUACCCUUUAAAAGUUCAACGUGCGAAAUUUUUAAUACAAACCUGGUUCCUUGUGGAGACAUUCCUUGAUAUUAUACUGUUUUAUGUCCCGCCUCUAACAAUCUCAAGAUCAUUGAGAGGCAAACACUUGCACGAUUGUUUUUUUUUUUUUUUUUUAUCCCCCAAGAUUGCCCCAAACCUCAACUUCACUUUUUAAGAAUCAAGUGUUUUGUGCACAUGGUGGAUACAAUUAUUGAGAGAGAGAGCAAGUGGGGUUGUAAUUAGGAAAGUUUACUCGUCCAUUUUUAGUAUAUGGGGGCCAUGGGGCAAUCUAUCAAGGGCAGAGGGAGUAGUAGUUAGCUAACAUUAUUUGUGAGAGCUUAUUUGUCCAGCUAGUUACAUUAGCUAACUGCUUGAUUAUAUUUUUGAUUGAUUGUUAGGUGAUUGUAAAAUUAUCUGGUAAGUAAUCUCUUACAAUAAGCUAUUUAGUAAUCACCUAAAACAAAUAUUUUGGGCUGGUGAAACAGCUUACCCUCCAAAUAAGUUAUAAGCUCUUUGCCUAACUCCCUUUAUUGUGUUUAAAUGACACAAUUUUUGUAAGCUUUCUAUGAAGCGGUGUUGAGGGUAUCCCAUUUUUUAGGUAUGAUUAUCUACACGAGAACAAUACCCAAAUAGAAGUCCCUUCUUUUAUGGUUUGUCAGUGUUCCAAAAUUUAUCCUAGGGUUUUUGCUGAUGCCAUGCAGGUUAACAUGGUUGGUAGCAGGGGAAAGGGAUCAAGAUCAAAAACUAAGGGUCUUGCACCUGGACCUGUUGAGCCUGAGCCUUUGAAGAUCAGUCUUGAUGAAACUUUUGAUGGUCCUUUAGGUGGAGAGGAUGAAAAGAUUGAUACUUUAAAUACAAUAGUUAUGCCGUUAGAGGAGCAACAGAUAGAUGAGAUGAUCUCUGGAUCUGUUUUUAGUGAUUGGCUUGAAGAAAAGGAUCAAAAUGUACAUGAAGUCAAUGUUGCGACUGAGAUAAGUUUUGACAGAACUGAAGAUGUCUGUACACAGGAAGGAACAAUAAAGGAUGUGGAUGAGGUGAUUAAUGGAAGUGAUGCAGCUGCUGAUGAUGUUGAGGACAAUGAAGAGAAAAGAAUAAAUCCAAAGGAAGAUGAAACAGGAAAAAGUGAUAAGAAGCCAGAGGAAGAUGAAAGUAAGAGUUUGGAGGUGACCAGAGAAGGUGUGCCUACUGAUGCUGAAGGUCUUUCUUCUUUUGACCAUGGAACAAAGGAAACCAUGGUAGAUAAUCUAGAAGAACCAAAUAAACUUGACACAGAGAUGCCAAUAGGCACUCUCUCAGAUAAGUGGGAGGAAGAACAUGUAGAAGAAAAUGCAAGCACAGCUAAUGAGGUCAAGGAAGUCACUGGGAUGGUCAUUAGACCCAACAGGAAAGUAGGGAAGAAAAAGGUUGUUAGAAGGAAGGUUAUGGUGCGGAGGCCAGUGACAGAUGAGGCACAGAAAAAUGAUGAGAAGCCAGAGGAAGAUGAAGCACCAGUGAAGAUUGGACCUGACAGUAAUGAUACUGAUACUGGAGAUGAAAGGAAGAGUUUAAAGGUAACAGAAGGUGUGCCGACUGACACUGAAGAUCUGUCUUCUUUUGACCAUGUAAUACAGAAAACCAUGAUAGAUAGUCUAGAGAAUCUUGAAGAACCAGUUAAACCUGACGCAGAGAAGCUAGUAGGCACUCUUUCAGAUAAGGGAGAGGAAGAGAAUACAGAAGAAAAUGCAAGCAUUACUCAUGAUUUCAAGGAAGUCACUGUCCAGGUCAAUAGACCAAAGAGGAAAGUAGUGAAGAAAAAGUUGGUUAAGAAGAAGAGGUUGUGGAAGCAAGCUGCAGCUGUAAAUGAAGAAAUGCCACAACCUUUGGAUGAGAACAAUGCUUCUGGUGAGGCUUGCAAAGUAGACAUGGAAGAGCAUGUAAAUAUUGUAGCCCCAUCAGAUGAAGCAUGCAAAGCAGACGCGAAUGAUCAUGUAAACAAUGCAGAGGGGACUGAAGUGAAACCAGCUGUAAAGACCAAUAGAAAACGGAACAAUAUUAGGAGAAAGAAGGCUCCACUAAGUAAUUCAGGUAUAGCAACUGUGAAAGAUGCUCACAAAUUGCGGUCAGAAAAUAAUGAACAGAAGAUUGAAAAGAAUAAUGAAAUUAAUGAGCCAGAUGUGAAAAAUGGCGAGAUGGAAAAAUCUGCGGAUAGGGUAAGUCUAUCAAAGAGGAGUAAAAAGAAAAACGCAGCUAAAAAUGGCUGCCAGGAUGGGGUUUCCAAUGAUGCAAGUAAGCCCAAACCAUCCAAGGAGGGUAAAUUAUCAAAAAAAAUGGAUAGCAUGGGGAUGAUAUUCAUGUGCAGUUCAGAAACAAAAAAGGAUUGUUAUCGCUACAAAAUUUUAGGGCUACCUGCUGGCAAAAAAGAUAUGGUUAUGAAAAUUUACAAGGGCAUGAGACUUUUUCUGUUUGAUGUUGACCUUAGAAUGAUGUACGGAGUCUACAAGGCUGCGGAUCCUGGGGGAUACAAUAUUGAACCCAGGGCAUUCAAGUCCCAAUUUCCUUCCCAGGUUCGUUUUUCCAUCCUUGAAGAUUGCGUGCCAUUAGCCGAGGAGAGAUUCAAACAGGUCCUCAAGGAUAAUUACUACACGAAGAACAAGUUUAAUUGCCAGCUGAACAGUAAACAGGUGAAAGACUUGUGUAAGCUUUUCCAUGAGACAAACAAGAAAGCUGAAUCCCAAAAAGUUAGUGCGAGCAGAAGACCUGUUGCCACCAGUUCAUCUGCAAGGCGGGACAAGAAGAGAAAAAGGGUAGAGGAUAGCCGUAGAGGGGCAGCUGCUCCUGUAGAACGGAACAGAAGCCGGCGAAGAGUUCAGGAAGAGAUAAGGCGUGCUCCUGUGGUCAUAGAUGACAGAAGCCGGCGAAGGGCUCAUGAAGAAAUAAUAAGGCAUGCUCCUGUGGUCAUAGAUGACAGAAGCUGGAGAAGAACUCGGGAAGAAGCAAGGCAUGCUCCUGUAGUCAUAGAUGACCGAAGUGGGAGAAGGGCUCAGGAAGAAAUAAGGCAUGCUCAUGUUGCUUUAGAUGACAGAUAUCAGAGACACCCUGUUUAUGAGAGGGAAACCUAUCUGUCAUCUUUGCCACCAGCAACUUCAUAUCAGCCUUUACCAGCGCUUAGCCCUCCGGGCUCCAGAAUGUAUUCCUUUGAUAGAACCUUGGGAACUGAUUCUUACAGGAGGGAAUCAGUCCUAGGCCAUCGAGAUCUAGGCCUUUCGAGCUCUCAGGAAUCAAGGCUUCUAGUUGGGCGCAGUCACCAUGACCUCAAUCUAUCUUAUAGAGAACCCCAUGUCUAUAGUGCGCCUCUAUAUAGCACUGAUACAAGGAGAGAACAUUAUGAUUAUACGUCUGAUAGACUACCUGCUGAGUAUUAUACACCUGCUGAACAUCGUCCUCCCCCACCUUUGUAUCGCAGGUACUGAACAACUUUGGGGAAAGAUGAGUUAACUGUCCUCAAAUACUACCAUUUUAGUUGUACUUGGCGAUCUACUGUUGUCUGUUGCUAUUGAAGCAAUUUUAAUUUUUAUGUGCAAGUGCUAAAUUAUGUCUUUGUUCUCAAUAAUUAAUUAGUUGCCUUUUGAUACGGAUAUUGGAUCUCAUUUACCAGGAUGAACUAAACAUGUAAAUGGGCAUUUGUGCUUGUGAGCAACGUUGUGGGCUUGGGCUUGGAUUUGGGCCUAAUCUCGUUAACAAUUGGUUCAAUUUAAAAAUUUGUUUUUUAAGUAGAUAGUGCGCGAAUCCCUCUGCUUGUACUAGUAUGUUGUUUUGACCAAAAGUAUGAAGUAUUCAAAGGGUGCAAAGAAGAAAGCAAAGCAUCAUAUGAUUCA